CGAGCGCAGCGGCCGGGCCGGCGGGCGGGCGGGCGGCUGCGAGCAUGGUCCUGGUGCUGCACCACAUCCUCAUCGCUGUUGUCCAAUUCCUCAGGCGGGGCCAGCAGGUCUUCCUCAAGCCGGACGAGCCGCCGCCGCCGCCGCCGCAGCUAUGCGCCGACAACCUGCAGCCAGCCAGGACCCCCUUGCACAGGAGCCAGAGCCCCCAGGGAGUAGAGACGACCGACUGGAGGAUGCUUUACUGAGCCUGGGCUCUGUCAUCGACAUUGCAGGCCUGCGGCGGGCCGCCAAGGAGGCCCUCUCAGCUGUGCUCCCCAGAGUGGAGACUGUCUACACCUACCUGCUGGAUGGGGAGUCCCAGCUGGUGUGCGAGGACCCUCCUCAUGAGCUGCCACAGGAGGGGAAAGUCCGAGAGGCUGUGAUCUCCCAGAAGCGACUGAGCUGCAAUGGGCUGGGCCCCUCGGACCUGCCAGGGAAGCCCUUGGCCAGGCUGGUUGCUCCGUUGGCUGCUGACACCCAAGUGCUGGUCAUACCGCUGGUGGACAAGGAGGCCGGUGCUGUGGCAGCCGUUUUCUUGGUGCACUGCGGCCAGCUGAGUGACAGUGAGGAGUGGAACUUGCAGGCAGUGGAAAAGCAUACCCUGGUGGCCCUGAGGAGAGUACAGGCCCUGCAGCAGCGCGGGCUCGGUGCGGCCCCCGGAGCCGUCCAGAAUCCCCCUGCGGUAACAGCGGACGACCAGAAGGGCGGGAUAGAGUACACGGACCACGACCGAAAGAUCUUGCAACUCUGCGGGGAACUUUACGAUCUGGAUGCCACUUCCCUGCAGCUCAAAGUCCUCCAAUACCUUCAACAGGAGACCCUGGCAUCCCGCUGCUGCCUUCUGCUAGUGUCCGAAGACAAUCUGCAGCUUUCCUGCAAGGUCAUCGGAGAUAAAGUGCUGGGGGAAGAGAUCAGCUUUCCCUUGACAAUGGGACGCCUGGGCCAGGUUGUGGAAGACAAGAAGUCCAUCCAGCUGAAGGACCUCACAUCUGAGGAUGUGCAACAGCUGCAAAGCAUGUUGGGCUGUGAACUGCAAGCCAUGCUCUGUGUCCCUGUCAUCAGCAGGGCUACUGACCAGGUGGUGGCCUUGGCCUGUGCCUUCAACAAACUUGGAGGAGACUUGUUCACAGACCAGGAUGAGCAUGUGAUCCAGCACUGCUUCCACUACACAGGCACAGUGCUCACCAGUACCCUGGCCUUCCAGAAGGAGCAGAAGCUCAAGUGUGAGUGCCAGGCCCUUCUCCAAGUGGCAAAGAACCUCUUCACUCACCUGGACGAUGUCUCUGUCCUGCUCCAGGAGAUCAUCACAGAGGCCAGAAACCUCAGCAAUGCAGAGAUUUGCUCCGUGUUCCUGCUGGAUCAGAAUGAGCUGGUGGCCAAGGUGUUCGAUGGGGGCGUCGUGGAUGAUGAGACAUACGAGAUCCGCAUCCCGGCAGACCAGGGCAUCGCGGGCCACGUGGCGACCACCGGGCAGAUCCUAAACAUCCCGGACGCCUACGCCCACCCGCUUUUCUACCGCGGCGUGGACGACAGCACCGGCUUCCGCACGCGAAACAUCCUUUGCUUCCCCAUCAAGAACGAGAACCAGGAGGUCAUUGGUGUGGCCGAGCUGGUAAACAAGAUCAAUGGGCCCUGGUUCAGCAAGUUCGACGAAGACCUGGCCACCGCCUUCUCCAUCUACUGUGGCAUCAGCAUCGCCCAUUCUCUCCUAUACAAAAAAGUGAAUGAGGCUCAGUAUCGCAGCCACCUGGCCAAUGAGAUGAUGAUGUACCACAUGAAGGUCUCCGAUGAUGAAUAUACCAAACUUCUCCAUGACGGCAUCCAGCCUGUGGCUGCCAUUGACUCCAACUUUGCCAGUUUCACUUACACCCCUCGCUCUCUGCCCGAGGAUGACACUUCCAUGGCCAUCCUGAGCAUGCUGCAGGACAUGAAUUUCAUCAAUAACUACAAAAUUGACUGCCCAACACUGGCCCGGUUCUGUUUGAUGGUGAAGAAGGGGUAUCGGGACCCCCCGUACCACAACUGGAUGCACGCCUUUUCUGUCUCCCACUUUUGCUACCUGCUCUAUAAGAACCUGGAGCUCACCAACUACCUCGAGGACAUCGAGAUCUUUGCCUUGUUUAUUUCCUGCAUGUGUCAUGACCUGGACCACAGAGGCACUAAUAACUCCUUCCAGGUGGCCUCGAAAUCUGUGCUGGCUGCGCUCUACAGCUCCGAGGGCUCUGUCAUGGAGAGACACCACUUUGCUCAGGCCAUCGCCAUCCUCAACACCCAUGGCUGCAACAUCUUUGACCACUUCUCCCGGAAGGACUACCAGCGCAUGCUGGACCUGAUGCGAGAUAUCAUCUUGGCCACGGACCUGGCCCACCACCUUCGCAUCUUCAAGGACCUUCAGAAGAUGGCUGAAGUGGGCUAUGACCGGACCAAUAAGCAGCACCACAGACUUCUCCUCUGCCUCCUGAUGACCUCCUGUGACCUCUCCGACCAGACCAAGGGCUGGAAGACCACCAGAAAGAUUGCAGAGCUGAUCUACAAAGAAUUCUUCUCCCAGGGAGACUUGGAGAAAGCCAUGGGCAACCGGCCAAUGGAGAUGAUGGACCGGGAGAAGGCCUACAUCCCCGAGCUGCAGAUCAGCUUCAUGGAGCACAUUGCAAUGCCCAUCUACAAACUGUUGCAGGACCUGUUCCCCAAGGCAGCAGAGCUGUAUGAGCGUGUGGCCUCCAACCGUGAACACUGGACCAAGGUGUCCCAUAAGUUCACCAUCCGUGGCCUCCCAAGCAACAACUCUCUGGACUUCCUGGAUGAGGAGUACGAGGUGCCUGAGGUGGACGGCACUAGGGCCCCUGUCAAUGGCUGCUGCAGCCUCGAUGCUGAGUGAUUCCCUCCUGGGACCUUUCCUGCCGGCUCUUUUCCCACGGCCCUCCACCAGUCUGGCCCGAUGCACUGGGAACUAGAGCCAUGGGUCCUGGAUUCUAGACCAGGAUGUGCCAUGUCACCCUGGACACGUGUUGACUUUCCUGGGCCUCAGCUUUCUUGUCUAUAGAGUGGAAGCAAGACUUUGUAAUUUGUCCUCCAGGAGUGCAGGGGUGACCAAUUAGCAGUGGGCCCCGCUCUGCGCCUCUGACCACACCCUGGCAAGUCCUCCCCAAGCCACUCUUUCUCUGAGCAGUCUGGAUGGUUCCUUCUGUGCCCUUUUCUUGCCUCAUCAGAUCUGUGUCCUUCUCUUCUGGGAGCCCCCCCGCCCUUGGGGUCUCCAGGAUCCUCAUGGAAGGAAAAGGUGGGACUUCUCCAUGAGCAGAGUGUGGGAAACAGUCACUAGCUCUGCUGUGGGCAGAAACAGAAAUCGACACAGGGUAAAGGUGCCGCUGAGGACCACCCCCAUACUUGAAGGAUAUAGGGAUCCCAGGAGGAAGCUGCCAGAGGGGAAUCUCAGUGUUCUGGGGAGGGAACUUAGGCAGAAAGCAGAUAGGAAUAAUGGGCAGGAAGGAUCCCACACUGGGAGACAGACCAGAUGUGUCAGCAAUGCUUUCUCCCAGCUGUGUGACCCUGGGCAAGUUCCUUUCCUUAUCUGGGCAAAACAGAGAGUAAGACAAUCUGUUCUCUAAGAUCCCUUUUAGAUCAAAGUCUCCACAGCUCCAAGGAGCACAACAGAGGGUGUGAAAUGUCUCUGCCACCCUAGAACCCUGAGUUCCUCAGUGUCCUCUAAGUAUACCCCUUGGCCUGAGCCCUUUUCCCAUUCCUGCAGCCAGAGAGGGACCUGGCUUCACCCUGGCAGGAUUUCUCUCCUCUUCAAGGCCAUAUCCACCUGUGCCCCAGGGCUUGGGAGACCCCCUAGGGCCAGGCCUCUUGCUUCAGCCUGGCCCGCUGGUUUCUCUCUUCUGUUUUGUUCUCUGUGUGUUGUGGGCGGGGGAGGGGGCCACCUGCCUUACCUACUCUGAGUUGCCUUUAGAGAGAUGCGUUUUUCUAGGACUCUGUGCACCUGUUGUAUGUGGUCCCGUGGGCUGACCGCUUUGUACAUGAAAAUAAAUCUAUUUCUUUCUACCAA